UUAGUACAAAACUCGUCCAAGAGUGAGUGAAUUCAAUCAUAUGCCGAGUAAAAUAUUUUCCAAUCCUUCUUUACAGUAAUCUGAAGAAAAUGUCUUCCUGCGGAGGAAACUGUGGUUGUGGCUCCGACUGCAAGUGCGGCAGUGGCUGCAACUGCAACAGCAUGUACCCUGGUCUCUCAGAGAAGACCAGCACUGAGACCAUCAUUACCGGGGUUGCUCCUGCAAAGAUCUACUCUGAGGGGUCUGAGAUGAGCUUUGGAGCAGAGAACGGAGGCUGCAAGUGUGGAUCAAACUGCACCUGCGACCCAUGCAACUGCAAAUGAGCAAAGAUGGACAAAGGCCUAAAAAAAGCAUUUGUGUCUGUUAAAAUAUAUUACUAAUAAAAUGGAACAAGAAGCCGGAAUGUUUUGUUGGGUUCAGCUAUUAUAUUAUUGUUAGUAAAACAGCCCCGGGUUUUGCAUAUCUGCUUCCUCCUUCAAAUUAAGUGUGGACUGUUACAACGGUCGCUUUGGUUUGUCUAAAAUUUUUUGUACCAAUGUGCCACGGCUACUUUGUUAUGGUAUAAUUGUUAUUGGAUUUAAAUAUAAGUGUGAUUCUCAAAAGGAAAUGUCAAUUUGUGUGGAGCAAAACUUUAAUACUAAUUUAAAUUAUGAUUUUUAA